UAAGCAGCUGCUCAUAACUUAAUAAACUCCUAGCAAAAAGAGAAAAACGUCAAACAUCCUCAAACGGACAAAAAGUCAGAUAGAAUACGUAGUCACGUCUAACACCUUGUGUUUUCUAAUUUGAAAAAUUAAACUUUUUCAGAUUUUACAUAGUGGGGCAGCCAUAUAUAAGAUCUUGGAUGCUCGGCCAUUCCCACGGGGUUUGGAUCGGAGAUAGAUUGUUUAAUUUUGGCGACGAUGGCGGUGGAGGAGAGCCGUGAGGGGACCCAGGUGGGGGACCUCCCGGAGGUCUGCCUGGCGCACGCCAUCGCGCUCACCUCCCCGCGCGACGCCUGCCGCUGCGCCGCCGUCUCCCCGGCCUUCCGCGCCGCCGCCGACUCCGACCACGUCUGGUGCAGCUUCCUCCCCAAGCUCGACCGCCAGAGCACCAUCGUCCUCCAGACGCCGACGGCCAGGAGCACCAAGAAGGACGCCUACCUCGGCCUCUGCGACGCCGGCGCCCCCGUCGAUGAUGGCCUGGUCAGGGUGUGGCUGGAGAAGGCGAGCGGCGCCAAGUGCUACGCGCUGUCGGCCAGGAGGCUCAGCCUGCCGUGGGACGACGGCGAGUUCUGCUGGAAAUGGACGCCCCAGCCGCUCUCCAGCAGGUUUGCGGAGGUGGCCGAGUUGGUGGACUGCACGUGCCUGGACAUCUACAGCCACCUCCCGGCGGCCGCGCUCACGCCGGCGACCGCCUACGCGGCGUACCUGGUCUACGGCACGGCGGACGGCCACCGCGGCCUAAGCUACCCGGACCAGGAGACCACGGUGUCCGUGGGCGGCCGCGUGGUGGCGCGCCACGCCGUGUGCCUCCGGCCCGACGACGCCAACGCGUGCAAGUUCAGGGGCGCCGGCCUGCGGUGCGGUGAAGGCGAGGAGCCGAGACGGCCGAGGCUGCGGGAGGACGGGUGGUGGGAGAUGGAGAUGGGGCGGCUGUGCACGACGAGCACCGGCGGGGAGCAGGAGGGCGAGGAGGAGGUGGUGGCGAGCUUCGAGGUGUUGGGGUGGUACUCCAAGUGCGGCCUCAUCGUCGAGAGCAUCGAGUUUAGGCCCAUAUGAAGAUGUGAUCUUAUCAUGGAUGGUUUGUGUUACUACAGACGAUAUGAGCCAUCGAUGUUCCCUGUUGUUGCAUUGCAUAUGCAUGUAUAUUCUUAGAAACAUAACUAUAUUAGCGGUUAGUGUUAUCUAU